AUGAUGGUUUAUUCCUCUAUCUUCCCUGGCAGGCAGCAACGCCGCUCGCCCGCCUUCGUGCUGCUGCGCGUGGACCUCACGAUCGUCGGCGCCGGACUGGCCGGCUUGACCGCCAGCCUGGAGGCGGCGAAUCUGGACCCGUCCCUCAAGAUUCUGCUCGUGGAGAAGGAGAAGAAGGUCGGAGGCAACUCGGCCAAGGCCUCGUCCGGCAUCAACGCGGCGCUGGACGCCGCGGACGAGCCGCUGUUCACGCAGGACACGCUCAAGUCGGGCGGCGGUCUCGCGGUUGAGACGAUCGUCGACACGUUCAUCCCCAAGACCCCGGGCGCCAAGGAGUUUCUGGAGGGCUACAAUGUAGACUUGUCGGUGCUGUCGCAGCUCGGAGGCCACUCGGCCAAGCGCACGCACCGCAACAAGAGCGGACCCAACAUCGGCUUCACGAUCAUCAGCACGCUGCAGAAGGAGACCACGACCAGAUCCAACAUUGAGAUUCUUACCGGAGCCGCCGCGAAGAAGCUACUGCUGGGAGAUGAGGCGCAGUCGCCGCCGACUGUGACAGGAGUGGAGCUCAAGCUGGUGGAUGGACAGACCCUCUCGGUGUUCAGCAAGGCGGUCAUCUUGACGACGGGCGGCUUCUCGGCUAGCCACUCGAUGUUGAAGCGCUUCGCGCCUGGUAUGGAGGUCUACCCGACCACCAACGGCGUGUGGGCUCAGGGCGAGGGUGUUCAGAUGUCGGAAGCCAUUGGUGUCGACCUCACGCUCAUGGACAAGGUUCAGCUCCACCCGACGGGUUUUAUCAACCCGAAAGACCGCGAAGCAGGCACGCGCUUCCUCGCCCCCGAAGCCAUUCGUGGGUCUGGCGCGGUGCUGCUGAACAAGAACGGCAAGCGUUUCGUGGACGAGCUGACUACGCGCGACAAGGCGUCAGCCGCUAUGCUUGCCCAGCCUGGACAGGAAGCCUACAUGCUGCUGUUCGAGGAUGGCGCGAAGGCCAUGGCCUCGGAACUUCCGUUCUAUAAGCACAUGGGCAUUGUCACGAUGACCGAGUCGGUUGCAGAUGCAGCGAAGUUCUGCCACUUUGAAGACCCCCAGUCGUUGCUGAAGGAGCUGAACGACUACGCUGAUAUUGCCGCCGGCAACAAGGAAGACCCCUUCGGCAAGAAGACGUUCCCGUACCCGAUUCAGCGCAUCCCCAGCAUCGACACGCCGAUGCAGAUUUAUGCCAUGGAGGUGGCACCCACGGUUCACUACACUAUGGGCGGUGUCAAGGUCACUCCCAACACGGAGGUGAUCCACAAGAACGGCGAGAUCGUGCCAGGCCUGUUUGCGGCCGGCGAGGUAUCGGGCGGCCUACACGGCGCCAACCGCCUGGGUGGCAAUUCGCUCGCGGAGUGCGUUGUCUUCGGCCGCGUCUCCGCACAGCAGGCCGUCAGCACGCUACGUCAGUGACCAUGUACCUUGAACUUGUGCUGCAUAUUCGCCUGCUUCGUCCUGUGAGGGAUGGCAGCAAACCUCCAAGAAGCAAGAAAAAAUUAAAUGGAGCUCGUGAUUUGAUACAGGCGCUGCGGCUUCCAGACUUUGAGUCCCGAUGCCACCCACGGAUUUAAAAGGAGGC